AUCCAGCAAACGCAAAUGGUGGCAAGUAGUACAAGCGAAAGUGGAGCUGGAGUCGCUCAGAAGAUAAAGAGAUUCUCAAUGGUGGAAGAUCUGUAUCUUUUGCGUGAAGUUGUCGGCCGCAAUCCGUAUCACGACUCCAGCAAGUGGCAGAGUGUCGCCGACGCUGUCAACAGUCUCACAUGCAAGGGAUACAGCGUUCGUGCUGUCCGAGAGCGGACAGAUCGCCUUCUAAAACUCUUCCGCAAGCAAGACACGGAAGACUCGAGGAAGUUACAACACCUACCUCCGGAGGACAAGACUCAUCUUCAGAGGAAGAGGUGGGCCAUGCAUCUACCUGUGGUACCUGUAGCGAUGAAGCAGACGUGCACUGUUACUAAGCCUAAAAAGAUCAAGCUCCCCAAGGCUCCGCCUCCAGGACCUGCUGCAGCUUCAAAGGAAGCUGUGGCACAGACAGAAAAAAUCCUCAACACGUUGCGGAUUGUAAAGGCGAAGAAAGCUGAAAGCAUGAAGAAGCUAACCCUUGCUGAACCCUUGUCAGAAGCUCCAAGAAACGUGCUGCCAGCCAUAGGAGCAAUUGGGAAACCUCUGGCCAACUAUAGAAUACCAAAGAAGAGGGCAGAGCCUGCACAUCUUGAAGCCUCGUCUCCAGUCUUCCAGACUAGAAGACUUUCCAGUGACUCCGACAGCCAAAAGUCGCCAGAUUCACCCAAGCGUCCAGUACAGUUGUCUCCACAAACUCCUUCGAAGCAGCCUGCCAAGUUUCCGAGGACUCCGGUGAAGACACUGCCAUUGGACAGAAUACUAGAGGACAUGGACAAAACUCACGGACCUCCCGUCCGCAAACGAAGCCUCGAUGCAAGUCCAGAGAGGGCUGUUCAUCAGAUGCAGAGUAAGGGCCUUACAAAGUCCCCGUCGACACCUUCAUUGCCCUACCACCAAGCUUCGAUGCACACCCCCAACCACAAACAGUUCCUUGGUCCAAGGUGUUUUUACCAGGAGCACCCGACACAGAAACGCCUACUGUGUAAGGAGUGUAAACGGAGGUACGCGUCGGACUCGUCCAGUGAUGGCACUUGUGUUGCUUGUCGUCUUAACAAGGACAUCACAAACGAACAGGCAAUCCUCAGGACAAGUCCUAGUAAAGACCGCAAGAUGGGUGCUGCAGUGCAGCUGCCUACGAAACCAUUUGAGAAAAAGACUCGAGCGAAGGAAACAAGGCGUAGCAAAGCAAAAGCACAGAAAGAAGCCAAGAAGAAAGAGAAGCAGCGGAAGAGGAGAAAGAAAGUAAAGAAGGGAACUGCUCUGCCCUCUGGCAACACGGGGGCUCCAAAGGCCUUGCCUGCGAUCAGCACCCCAGCUGUCGCACAGAGUUCUAGUGACGGGCCCACUCAAAGUGCGACUUACGGUGUUUGUGAGGAGGGUGCAACCUCCAGCAAUAUCAAUGUGUCUUCUGCAAAGUCUAACAGUUCUAGAAAUGGAAGCGUGUCCUCGCAACACACCCUGGCAGAGUCUCAUAUCGUACCAGGUAGCGGAGAUGUUUGUGAUGAAUCCAAAGAAACCACGCCUUACAGUGAAAUCUGGUCAAGUGUGAAGGGGCAGGAGGACAAGACUGCGUCGACGCUGCCAGGAACGGAAGAGAGAACUGACGCCUCGGACGACUGCGGGGAUGACGCUGACACACAAGGCAUUGCAUCUGAUUACGAUUCCGAGCCAGAGUGGAUCGUUAUUGAGGAUUUACCUUGUACGGACACUGCAGAUGUCUCCAAGCCUUCGGGUGGUGCAUCUCCUGCGCCUGGUGAGCAGGACUCUGACGUCGUAGUGGUGGAAAAGGGCCCUGUGGAGGUCAUUGUUAUCGACGACCUGAGCAGUGAUGAAGCAUGUGAACAGGACACACCUCAGAGCCCUCAGAGGAACGUGCCGUUUUCUCUGUCCAUUGAGUCGGGCAUGCUGUCGGUCACCCUUGGCAGCGAGGCCUCCGACUUGGACGAGACGCUAAGUGUAAUACGUGCAAGAACUGUGAAGGAAGUCGUUUGCAGCACUGAAUCCGAAGCAGACGACGCAUCUGAUGAUGGGGCACCAAAGGAGAAGGUUUGUGGCACCGAAUUGGAAGCAGGCAAUAAUUCUGAUGUUGCAGCACCUGAGGAUGUUGUUCUCAGCAUCAAAUCUGAAGCAGAUGAUGUUUCUGAUGAUGUGACACCAACCAUCUGUGACCAAAAAAGUGACUUUCUACAGGGACCUUCUAGUAGCGCCUCAGGAGCCCCUGCAGCUGGGGCCACUGAGAACGCUGUAGCUCAUGUAGCAACUGGUGAUUACAUGCCCAAUACCUCUACAGAACCUUAUCCAAGCGAGUUACUGGCCAAUCUCUACUAUUGGCCCGAAGACAACGUCGGCACCAAAGCUGCGGACGCGUUAAUGCAAAAGUAUGUGGACUGCAUCGAUAAAGUCUUCGACUUGCUCGAGAAUUGUGACACCGAAAUGAGGUCUGCACUUGUGAGUGCCUUAGUUCCUCAUGGCUUUUUGUCCCUGAAGAGGAUCAUGGAUUUAAUUCAAGCCAUCACUGAAAAAACUGGAUGCGAAGACACUAUGAAAGCCUCGUCAUUGGGAUUGCGCAUCUUCACACUCUUCGAGGGUCUUCCGAAGCCGCAACCGCGCCAAGAUGAACAGUCAAAUAAAGCCACGGAAACUCCUACAGCCGUUUUGGAGCCGGCGUUCACAACGAGUGGGACUAUGUGUGACACCAGUGCCGAUCUGGACUCUACGGCUCUGAGCAACAGCGAAGUGUCCAAGGGGUUGGAUGAGAUCCUCCAAGGGGUCUUCAGUAACAGCAUAUUGAAGUCUCUUCCCCUGGAGCAACUGCUGAAUGAUCACUCACCUGAAAUACCAAUAGCAUCCCCUCUGAGGCCAAAGCCAGAGGAGUGUGCGCGCGGUGCCCAGCCACCAGGAAAACCGGAGGCACAGCCGUGUGUACAGACGAACAAGGCACCGACGAAGAGGCUUCACAAGACCGUGGGAUCACAGACUGAAGAAACGACCCAUGCAUGCAUGGGGAAAAAAAGGAAUAUGGAAAAGAUUCCAAAAGCAAUGGUCCGGCCCAGAAAGCCAUCCCACGAUCCCAGCAGACCUCCAGGCUCCUCGUGUGCUGCACCUCAAUCUACAAGUGUACCCUGGCACGGCGGCCACAUCUCCGUGGAACAUUCCUUGAACAGGGGAGAGCCCUGUGCUCUUUCAUCGAGUGUUUCAUUCCAGCAGGCUUACCCUGCUCACAAGAGUGCCUCAUCAUCAACCAUGAACUGUGCAGUGCCUUACAGUGUCCCACCUACCGUCGCGUACCAGCAAGCUACUGCUGCUCAGAGUAGCACGCCACUUUCUUUGAACAGUGCAGCGUCUAGUGCUGCAUUCCAGCAUGCUGCCUAUGCACACAACAGUGCAAUGUCUAGUGCUGCACGUGAGCAAGCCGCGCUUGCCCAGAGUAGUAGGCGGCAGUACGGUGUUGGGAACUAUGACUACUCUCACUAUUCACAAGCUCAUACUCAGAGCCAGCACCCUGUCCAGUCCUACCCACUGCCAAUGAACAACAGGACACUGGCAUUCAACAGUAGAGCGCAAUACGACGUACCAUAUCAGUACAGUAACAACCCCUAUCUGCAGUGCCUGGAGAAGCUGAGUUUUGUAUAGAUUGUUGUUCUAUUGUAAAUACUUUGUUUUAAGUUGUAAAAGUACCUGCUAUAUUUAUCCAAGUAAUUACGUUGUCAAAGGACCUGACUUGAGAUUUCUGUUUAAAAUCAUUGUAAUUUUGUCAUUACAUUCAUCAUACCCUCAUGGGACCUUUUACCAGAUGUGCAAUAAUGCAGGAUUUUUUACGCAAAUUGUUUUAAAUAUGACCAAGGUGCCAUGUCAUGACUGGUAGUUUGUGAAAUAAAAAGGCUGUUGAAGAACUCU